UCAGCCUCAAACUUGGUCACUCGGUGGAGGGUGAAGGGCUUCAUUCCGGUGGACUGUGAAGUGUUUGCCAUAAACUUGGGAACAGAUGUGAAGAAUUAUGUUGCUACACUUUAAUCCUCGCUUUUCCUAUGGUCAAGACCGGCUCGUGUUAAACUUGAACUCAAAGGUGAACGGUGUCUGGGGAAAAGAGCAAAAGGAAAACUUCUUCCCCUUCCAGAAGGGAUCGGACACCACGGUUUCCUUCUUGUUUGAGCUGGACAAGAUCACCAUACAACUACCUGCAGGAAAUCCCCUCUCCUUUCCAGUCCGCUUCUCCAUAGAGGAGAUCUCCUACUUGGGCUUGAGAAGC